AAAGAGAAAGUAGAGAUACACAUAACGCGAAAAAUGAGAUCUGCAGCCCAGUACACUAUUUCACAAUGGUAUACAAGAAUAAAGCAAGAAACUACAAUUUUGUUGUGUAGUGAGCCAUUUUAAGUCAAUAAAUACAGCAACUUGUGGUAUAUUACUUUUUUAAUAAACACAAUGCAUCUUCACAUGUACAUGUGGGAACCGGAGUUGAUGUUGAGACGGCUACCAAUAUUCCUGUACCAGACAAGAACGAAGGGCAUCUACAUGAUCACAAGUAUACAACAUCAAACCCUAACAUUGAAAGGGUACAGUGUAAAAGACAAGUAUUACCAGAUACUAGUACAUCAAACCAGGAAGUUACAACUAUUGUUGUAAACUUCCCUUGAAGACUUGGAUGUUGUAAACAUGCAGUGAGAAAUAAACCUGCUUGAUUACAUGUAAAGCAAACCAUCCACGACAAUUGGAAACAUCAUAAUUAAAAGACCCUGGAAAAGUAUGUUUUAGCAUUUUGUUAUACAUGUAUCAUGAAAACUGUCUGGAGUGCCCAGUCAACUGACGUACCAAAGUCACUUGAAGAUUGCAAUGGAUACGACAGAAGUGACCUUAUAUGGCCAAACAGAUCCUUCGCUUACAGUAAUUACAAGAGUCCCCACAAAAAGAAGGCUUUAAUGUGUGUUACACCUAAUGCAACUCUUUGUUGUAUCAAAAUUAAGGGUGUCAUCUCAACCCUUUCCCCUUUCUCUAGCAAGGGUAUUUUUCUUCUAUAUUGAUACAAUAAGUUAGCACCCCUCCACUUUUUCCUGACAGAAGGGAAUUAUGUAGUUAAUUUUUUUUUAUUAAAUAUUGAAAUUGAUAUCGGAGAAGAACUGUCCCCCUUAGGAAAUUGUAGUCAAUUCUUUCAUUAUUUUAUCUUUAUCAGUUCGUCUAUCAAAAUCGUUUCUAGGCUUAUACCCCCCCCCCCCCUGAAAUAACUAAUUCAACGUGUCCAAUAUAUUCUCGUAGUUUAUACACGUGCUAAUUGGACGUUGUUCAUUGAACAAUGAUUAUUACAUAAGAUAAGCUUUAUUUUAAGUCGGCAUGUCAAAUACAACAAAGAAACGUAAGCAUUUAGACCGACAUAUUACGUUCCAACAUCUUUGUAUCCACCCCUUCCUUUCUUUAGCAUCGACUAGUAACCUAAAUAAACUACAUGGCAGAAUUUUCCCAGUUCGUGUAUGCAGCCAAUCGCAAAACAAUACACCAAAUGACAUAUUAGCGCUGACUCGCUGUUAUGAUUGAUUGAUUAUGGUUUUACGCCGUUUUGGCAAUAUUUCAGACAUUUUACGGCGGUUAACUUAUUGAAAUAUGUUUGGUUGUGAGUGUUCGAGUUUCCCCGACGACCCCCAGUCAUGAGUGAGCCUACUCUUUUUCGAAAAUCAGUGAUAUCCGGAAGUAUUAAAAACGAAAGUGAAACCAAACAAGACUUACAGAGCAUAAGAAAAACUAAAUGCAUAGAGAUGUAGGGCUGGAAGGCCUUUACCAAAGUUGUAAAUUUUAUGAUCCCUGUAGUAGGGAUUUUGACCCCAGGGCGGGGCCAAACUUAGUAUACAGUGUUUAUAAAACAUUUAAUUAACAUCUUCUUUAGUACUAAUGAUACUAAGUUGAAACUAAAUGGAUAUUUAGAAAGAGAAGGUAGUCCUUUACCAAAAUUGUAAAUUCCAUGAUCUUAGGGGUAAGGGCUUGGUGUCAGGGUGGUGUCAAAAUUAUAAUAACGAGUUGAAGUACUUAUUAAGUUUGCUGAUACUGUAUAAAAUCUAAAUGCAUACUUAGGAAUAGCAGAAAAGGAUGUACGAAAAAUGGUGAAUUUCACAAUCCAGGGGUUUGACUCUAGGAUGGGUCCAAAUUAGUCAUAUCUUUUAAUUUAACGUUAAUGCACACAUUCCUUUCAUCAAUAUAUGCACUGUUGAUGGCAUUAAAGUUUUAAGAACACAUCUUGUUUUAUACCUUUGCUGAACAUUACAAUUUAGCUUAGAUAUUCAGAACAGGGUGUUUUUUCUACACAUGUAGAUAUCAUAGCCCUUGGGAGUAGUGAUACUUUUCACUACUACUCAGGUGACCGAUAAGGCCUGUGGACCUCUUGCAAGUCUCAAUGUUCGCGGGCUUGCACCGAGUUGAAGUUACAUCGUACAUUUAAUUUAAUGACCUUGUUUCAACAUAAUUUGAAUACUAUAACAUAUUUAACACUUUUUAUUUUGGUUUUAAGCAUGAAAUUUAAACCGGUGAAGUUCGUGAUUUGCAUCAGGAUUCUGUAUGAUUGUCUUCCUGUUAAAAGUCAUGUGCUUUACAAACGGAAAUCAUUUUCAUAUGCAGAGCGUAUUUAAUUUUGUUCCUAACAUUUAUUCCACAUGAAAAUGCACGCUGUUGGAUUAUCCGUGUUGUUGUCUCUGUUAAUGAAGUCAAUGUGUACAGACCCCACACCCGUGGAACCACUGUGUAAUGAUCCUAAAUCUCCAAAUAUUAAGCGCUGUUGUACCGGAUUCAGAACCCUAGGAGGGAAAUGCUACCUCUGCAUAGGAUCGUUUGGGGUGGAAUGUAGCAAAACAUGUAAGGAAGGCUAUUAUGGAAGACAGUGCGAGGAAAAAUGUCAAAUGAAUGUAACCACUGUAACAAAACAACAGGGGGAUGUUUUAACGAAACUACGAUGUUAAAUGAUACAAAGCUUUUCGAAGACCGGAGCAGAUCAGACAUUUGGAUUGCAGUAUUAGCCGGAUCACUAACAAGCUUAGGAUCUCUUGUCAUCUUAUUUUGGAUAUUAUUAGUAAAGGAAAGGAAAAACAAACUGCUAAAUGUUACAAAGUCCUCAACAAAUCAUGAAAACGCCAAUGUCGAUUUCGAAGCAGAUGAUUACGAAAACAUCAGGGACUCUCAUUUGGUGCUGAACUGUGGUGGCGCCUGUGGAGGUCAAAAGACACUAGACAGGGUUAGCUAUGCAAAGACACAGACAUUGUCCAAUCCAUACAAUAAGCUGAGCUUCAACAGAUGCAAAAGCGGUACAGAGAACGAUAGGCACGGUCAACUGUACGACAUUUCUAGCGAAACUCCCUCGCAAAAUUUUGACGUAGGAGAAUAUGUGGCUGUUGCGUCUGAAAAAGUUGUCUCCAAGGAAUUGAGUGUUGGGUGUUGGGAUAGUGACAAUAAGGAAAUUAACAAUGCUUGUUAUGUCAACAUUGAUUACGGGCAGGACAAUUCGGAGAAACCAGAUUCCAUAUACCCGUUAUCGAAAACGGAGGUCCGGCGGGAAAAACCUAAAAUAAAACCAAAACCUGCAAAUCUUCACGUGACGAAGACAACGAGAACGAAACAUACGUCAAAUACGAACAGACCUUACAGUGUGGCAAAUCGAAUAGAUUAAACUCAUUAUGUUAAUAUUCUUAAGACAUUGUAUAAAAGUAUUGAGUGUGAAAUGUAAUAAGAAUUAAGGAAGUUCAACGUAACUGUCACAUGACAGAAAAACAAGUACGGAAACGCUCUUAAAUAGUUCUAGGUAAUUGACUAUGCAGAGGAAAUUGAGAUUGUUGGUCUUAAAUGUUAUAACAAGUGCUCAAUUUGGAUCAUCAAAUCUUUGUUACAAAUAUGGCUCUUGCAGCUGUAAUAGAGGGAGGUGUCUUUGUACUCUGAACUCACACCAAUGAUCAGUAUACGAAACAAGGAUUAUUCUAAAUUAUUUUGAGAGAAAAGAGUCAAAGAUCAUGGCAACAGGAAAAUGCAUAUUAGGAAAUUGUUAAAGUAGACUAUACUCGGCCUACGUCACAAUCAAAUGUAAAUGAGGAACCACUCUUCCGUUUUCCGAAAUGUAAUAUUUUAACGAUAUCUAUUUGAUUUUUAGAUGGCGAUACGAGAUAUGAAUAUCCGAUAUCAAUUCC